AUGGUGGUAUCUCGUCCACCAAUAUACUCUCGUGCUGUAGUGACUGACUCUGCUGUUGCUGCUGUUGCUGCUGUUGCUGCUGCUCUUGCUGUUGCUGCUGCUUCUCUUGAUGUUGUUGGUGGUGCUGCUUUUGUUGCUGCUGCUGCUUCUGCUUCUGUUUUUGUUGCUGCUGUUCUUGUUCAUGCUGGUGAUGUUGUUGUUUUUGAUAUUGUUGCCGCUGUCGCCCCUGCUCCGGUCGCCCCUGCUCUGGUCGCCCCUGCUCUGGUCGCUCCUGUUCUGGUCGCUCCUGAUCCAGCUGCUCCUGCUCUGGUCGCUCCUGUUCCAACCGCUCCUGCUCUAGUCGCUCCUGCUCCGGCCGCUCCUGCUCUGGUCGCUCCUGCUCGGGUCGCUCCUGUUCCGGUUGCUUCUGGUGUUGCUGUGGGACAACCUGUUGGAAAGAGGAUGCUACUACCUUUCGUUCUCUCCUCAAAACCUCUUUCCAGCCAUCUGGCUUUUUUCUUCCACUGCUCUUGUUGUCGCUGUUGUUGGGCAAGGCUGUGGGACCCUAUUCUUAGCAGUCAAUCGAAAACUUAUAACCUGGAAGAGAUUCUCAUCUUAAAGUUGUAG